AGAGUGGAGGGGAAGGUCUGGAAGCCUGUGGAGUCUAGGAAGGACCGCGGGAGGCGUGUUCCUCCGGAGUUUGCUUUUGCUUGGAAGACUCGAGCGCACACCCAUUCCUCUGGCCUGGCGACUGUGCGGGGGAGGUGGGGAGCCAUUCUGAUUCACUGAAUCGUCUCCGGAGGUUGCAGGCUGGGCGAGAUCUCCCCCAGAGGACCCGGGCCCUGCCGAGGGAGUUUCCCCGAAGUCGGCGCAGUGCUUCAGCCGCGGCCACCCGCCGCCCCGCGCGCCACCUUCCCUCGCUCCCUCUCCGUCUGGCCCAGGCGCGAACCUGGCACCGUCUGCGUCUGAGGAGCCCCCAGGUGAAAGAAAGGUAUAAAAAAAAAACGACAGAAGACAUUUCUUCAAAUCCACAUUAUGAUGGAUACUUUUUGCCUCACGGCAUCCUUUUGGCUGGCCCUGGUAGGAGGAGCAAUCAGUGACAACCCUGAGAGAUACAGCACUAAUCUAAGCAGUCUUGUGGAGAAUUUCACCCCUUACCCGGGGACAGAGUUCAACUUCCUGGGUACCACUCAUCCACCUACUAAUUUGGCCCUGCCCAGCAAUGGCUCAAUGCACAGCUACUGCCCACAGCAGACUAAAGUCACAUCAGCUUUCAAAUACAUUACCACUGUGAUAUCCUGCACCAUCUUCAUCGUGGGAAUGGUGGGGAACGCAACUCUGCUUAGGAUCAUUUACCAGAACAAAUGUAUGAGGAAUGGCCCCAACGCUCUCAUAGCCAGCCUGGCCCUGGGAGACCUUAUCUAUGUGGUCAUUGAUCUCCCCAUCAAUGUGUUUAAGCUGUUGGCGGGGCGCUGGCCUUUUGACCACAACGAUUUUGGAGUGUUUCUCUGCAAGCUGUUCCCCUUUUUACAGAAAUCCUCCGUGGGCAUCACCGUCUUGAAUCUCUGCGCUCUCAGUGUCGACAGGUAUAGAGCUGUGGCCUCAUGGAGUCGUGUUCAAGGAAUUGGGAUCCCCUUGAUUACCGCCAUUGAAAUUGUCUCCAUCUGGAUCCUCUCCUUUAUCCUGGCCGUCCCAGAAGCGAUCGGCUUCGUCAUGGUACCCUUCGAAUACAGGGGUGAGCAGCACAGAACCUGCAUGCUCAACGCCACGACCAAGUUCAUGGAGUUUUACCAGGGUGUGAAGGACUGGUGGUUGUUCGGGUUCUACUUCUGCAUGCCCUUGGUGUGCACAGCCAUCUUCUACACCCUCAUGACCUGUGAGAUGCUGAACAGGAGGAACGGCAGCUUGCGGAUUGCCCUCAGUGAACACCUCAAACAGCGUCGAGAAGUGGCGAAGACCGUGUUCUGUCUGGUCGUCAUCUUUGCCCUCUGCUGGUUCCCUCUUCACUUAAGCCGCAUUUUGAAGAAGACUGUGUAUGAUGAGAUGGAUAAGAACCGAUGUGAACUGCUCAGUUUCUUGUUGCUCAUGGAUUACAUCGGUAUCAACUUGGCAACCAUGAAUUCUUGCAUAAAUCCAAUAGCUCUAUAUUUUGUGAGCAAAAAAUUCAAAAAUUGUUUCCAGUCAUGCCUCUGUUGCUGCUGUCACCAGUCCAAAAGCCUCAUGACCUCGGUCCCUAUGAAUGGAACAAGUGUCCAGUGGAAGAACCAUGACCAGAACAACCACAACACAGAACGGAGCAGCCACAAGGACAGCAUGAACUAACCCUCUGCAGAAACACCAAUCACUGUGUCUUCAAGUCCUAGUGGAGGAGAUAGUCACACAGCAGCGGUCCCCCAAACCUCCCAAAUUCUCUCCCCUGGUCCUCUAACCCAUCCCAAGAAAAGAAAAGCUCUCCUGCCUUCCCAACAGCAUGUGGUGGAGUGCCUUCCAACCACAGUCAGUGGGUCUUUCCUAAGUACUUUAUAUGAUUUGCAUAUUUUGCAGGUCAUAUCCAACACUUGAAAAUUAUGACAGCUGAGGGAGAAAGGGGAUUGUUGAAGGAAACCACACUAUAUCUGCAAGUUUUGCAUGAACACAGAGUUUGCAAGCUCAUGACCAGCGUUCAUGCAGGUCUGUGGAAUAGCCACUGAGAAUGCUCAUCACAGGACUCUACAGCAAGGGUUCUCAACCUUCCUAACGCUGUGACCCUUUAACACAGAUCUUCAUGUAGUGGUGACCCUCAACCAUAAAAUC